GUUUUAGUCAGAGAUAAUGGCUUACAGAUCACGUUCCAGCGCUUUCAGUGGUGAUCCCGAUGCUAGCACUUCAUCAGUUUAUAACACAACGAGAACAGAUGCUAUUACUGAGGAAGUGGUUGAACCGCCGACAGACUAUAGGCCCCGAUCUAAUGCAUUCAUUAAUGAUCUCUACAAUGUUUGGGACAAUGAAUUCAGGCGACGAUCUAAUGCUUUCUCGGAGCAAAUGAAUAGACCUGAUCCACGGCCACCAAUACCUACACCAACGYCUAUAAAGACACCUUCUCGACCCAUUACUCCUCCGCCAAUUAUACCGACUCGUGAAUACUUAGAUUAUAUAAAAAAACUUGCCACCGAUGCUGGAAAGGAAAGUUAUAAACAUACGAGAGGUGGUAUUAGGGAUCCAUUGAGUGAUAUGCGAUCAAGACAUAGACGUUAUGGUAUUGAUACUCGUUAUUCGAAUAGAAGAUUAUACCCGAGACCUAAAUAUCCCAUCGAUGACUAUAACUUUCCCACUACGACUAGGGGUGAAAGGGCAUGUUAUGGUCAAUAUAAUGAUUUACCAUUGCAUGGACCAGCCGAAUGGCACCAUUAUUACACUGACUGGUCAAUAGUGGGCGAUCAGUAUGCGGACCCUAUACCGACAGAUGUCCCACUGCCUACUGAAGAGCUCGUCUAUAUCGAGAGCCACGGCUUCACUUUCAAAGAACUGCUCGGACACGGAGGUUACGCAAAGGUCUGGAAGGUUACCGCCGAGAGGCUUAUAAAAGAUGACCAGGGUAACUAUGUUGAGGUGGACAUGGCCUGCAAAAUACUAUCAUUGAUUAAAUUUCACGAACCGGGAAGUGAUGUCCGGUCAGCGGUUGAUUCGCUUCUACACGAAGCACAACUACAUGUGUCUCUCAAACAUCCAAAUAUUGUUAAAAGUGAACACUUGUUCUAUGUUCACGAUAUUACAACUGGUUUCCCAUUUUGCCGGUGCAUACAACUGAUGGAACUGUGCGACGGCGACCUCAAGAAAUAUCUUGGAGAUCAUCCCAACAAAAAGCUCAACGAAAAUGAGGCCCGAAAUGCCUUUCAAGACUAUGCAUCGGGUUUGCAAUAUCUACACCACAAAAACAUUGUUCAUUUGGAUCUCAAGAUUCACAAUGUUAUGUAUAGACAAACACCUCAACUGACAUUCAAAUUGGGUGACUUUGGUGUUUCCAAGAAAUAUGAUCCACAAACCGUUGGUCAAGUGUUUGGUACUGUCGGCACACGUCUGUAUGCGGCUCCAGAGGUAAUUGGGUUGACUAAAAAAAUGUCUUUAUCUAAACCAAUCGAUAUCUUUACUUUAGGUUUGGUAUUGACAGAAACAUUGUCCGGUAGGGCCAAAGCUCGUCAAUUGGUUAAAGCUAUUCGAGACAAUGAGGGACAAACACACGACAAUGUUAACCAAGUUUGGAGUAUCAGUCAACAGGUAAGUCAAUUGAUUUUAUGGAUGACUAGAGUAGAUCCACAACAACGACCGGACAUCGAUCAGGUAUUCAAUCACCCCUGGGUUGGUCAACAAACAUAAGCACAGUUAGUCAUAAAUUCAAAUAAGUUUUGAAUCAAUUAAUGUU